UGCUCAUUGAGGUGUAUGUAUUUUUACACCUUCAGUGGAUUUGCUGCUGUAACCACGACAGCUCGCUAUUGGUUUGUGGCAGCUAAAAAGUCAGUCGCCGUGGGUUCGGUCAUGGUUUGGAAAUCCCGCCAUGGUUUUGUGGCAGCUCUAGACGCCACAAAAUACUUGAAACUGCACUUGGUUUUAGGUAUACCGGUAUCCAUUAACUAUUAAAAUCUUGAAUCUGAUGGAAAAUAAAUCAAGCAGUGAUUAUGAGUCGGUGCAUGGACGAUGCCUGGAUAUGUGCCCAGAAUCUGAAAUGAAAUUCAGAGAAGCAAAUAGGUUACUUAGCUUAUUUGAAGUUAUGGAUGGACAUGAAAAAAUCAGGCAUCCAAAAUGUGAUCCAACCAAAUGUGUCAAAGAGUUUAGAAGAUCUGCUGCUGGGGAAAAGUUGAAUGAUGCAUAUCAGUUGCGACCUGCAAAAGUUUUGCUUCAAACUGUUGACUAUCUUCUUGCAAAAAUUGCAACUAGAAGAGAUGUUCCAUUUGAUGUGGUAUAUGAUUUCGUAUUUGACAGAUUGAGAAGUGUUCGCCAAGAUAUGGUAAUUCAACAAAUACACUUGAAAGAUCCACAUCUUGCAGCUUGUAUAAUAGAGAAAUGCUAUCGUUUUUAUGCUUUCGCUUUGUUCGUUAUAAAGCAGUACAAUCUCGUGUCAAUAGACAGACAUAUUCAUCGGACACAUAUGAAGCAAUGUUUACAAUCAUUGGUAGAAAUUUAUAAAUCUUUUCCAGUGGAAAAGACUCUUAACAACUCCUCAGAAUUUUUAGCAUGUUAUGUGAUAUUCAAUUCAGAAUCAAAUAUUUUUGAAGAAUUUUUGAUGAACUUUUCUAAAGGAAUAAGGAUGAAAGAACCUUUGCAAACUGCUAUUCAAUUAUACCGUGCUGUGCUUCAAAAUAACUUUGUCAGAGUUUUCAAAUUGUUUUCGCUUCUUAAAAGCAACGAAUAUUAUUUACCGUUAUUAUCUUUUAUAGAAAAUACUCAAAAAUAUAGGACUAAAGUUGUUUCUGUUCUUUCUCAUUCCCAUAAUUCAAAACAAUGUUCAUUUCCACCUGAGAUUUUAUUGAAAUGGUUGUUGCUAAGUGAUCGUGCAAGUGUAUUGCAAAUUUGUACAGAGCAUGGCAUGAAUGUAAAUGAAAAAAGUCACGUCAUUUUUCAAAAAUCCAAUUUUUCCACUCCACAUGAAUGUAAUGUUCAGGAAUCAUUUAUAGACAGCUUUGAAUCUUUGCAAGAUAUGACUGAUAAAGUAAUAUUGUCUCAUAACGAGGAAGUUGUGGGGUCAUAGUUGAACGUUUUUCGAUGAAGUUUAUAUUGCAAUUGGUCUUGUAAUUAUCUCAUACCUAUUUUAGACAAUAAAUUUUUCUAUUUACUUUUA